UUUGUCAGCCAGGAUGGAUUCCUUUUGAGUACCAUUGUUAUUUCUUAAACAAGAAAAAAGAUACCUGGGAGAACGCAAAAAAACAUUGUGAACAGAAUGAAGCUCACCUACUGGAAAUAGACACUGAAAUAGAAAAUACUUGGGCAAUGGAGACCUUUCUUCCUCCUCGGAAACAUGGUGUCUGCACUUACAUGUGCGCAUGCUCAAGGUGGAUUGGGGCAACAGAUAUCGACAAAGAAGGAGAUUUUACCUGGAACGGGAACACCAAAAUAAAUUAUUCCAACUGGCAUCCUGGUCAGCCCGAAAAUGGCAGAAAUGGCAACUGUGUCCAACUUUGUUCAGGUGGACUCUGGGAUGACACAAGCUGUGGAUGGAACAAACCAUUCAUUUGUGAAAAAAAGUGAGAAAAAGCAGCUAUUUAUAAUGGAAUCAUUGUUCCAUAUGGCAUGUCAUUACCUAAUAAUGUCCUUU